GCGGGCCCGGGGCCGCGCGCCCGACCUCGCCCGGCCCCUCGCCCAGACAAGUUUGAACAAUGAUCACAGUCAACCCCGAUGGGAAGAUAAUGGUCAGAAGAUGCCUGGUCACCUUGAGACCCUUUCGGCUGUUUGUGCUGGGCGUCGGCUUCUUCUCUCUCUGCUUCCUGAUGACAUCUCUGGGGGGCCAGUUCUCGGCCCGGCGCCCUGGGGACUCCCCCUUCACCAUCCGCACGGAAGUGAUGGGCGGGCCAGAGUCCCGCGGCGUCCUCCGCAAGAUGAGCGACCUGCUGGAGCUGAUGGUGAAGCGCAUGGACGCGCUGGCCAGGCUGGAGAACAUCAGUGAGCCGCACCGGGCUGCCGGCGAGGGGCACUUGGCUGCGGACAGGACGCCCGCCGGGGCCGGCCUCAUGGAGCGGAUCCAGGCCAUCGCCCAGAACGUGUCGGACAUCGCCGCGAAGGUGGACCAGAUCCUGCGCCACAGCCUGCUGCUCAGCAAGGCGUCUGAAGGUCGGCGGGACCAGUGCGAGGCGCCCAGCGACCCCAAGUUCCCUGACUGCUCAGGGAAGGUGGAGUGGAUGCGCGCCCGCUGGACCUCUGACCCCUGCUAUGCCUUCUUCGGCGUGGACGGCACCGAGUGUUCCUUCCUCAUCUACCUCAGCGAGGUGGAGUGGUUCUGCCCCCCGCUGCCCUGGAGGAACCAGACGGCCCCCCGGCCCCCCAAGCUCCUCCCCAAAGUCCAGGCAGUUUUCCGGAGCAACCUGACCCACCUCCUGGAGCUGAUGGGCGGCGGGAAGGAGUCGCUGAUCUUCAUGAAGAGGCGGACGGAGCGGCUCACUGCCCAGUGGGCUCGGGCUGCCCAGCGCCUGGCGCAGAAGCUGCCCGGGGUCCCCAGGGACCAGAAGCAGAUCCUUGUCCACAUCGGCUUCCUGACCGAGGAGUCCGGGGACGUGUUCAGCCCUCGCGUGCUGAAGGGCGGACCUCUGGGGGAGAUGGUGCAGUGGGCGGACAUCUUGGCGGCUCUCUACGUGCUGGGCCACAGCCUGCGGGUCACAGUGUCCCUGAAGGAGCUGCAGAGUAACUUAGGGGUGCCGCCUGGCCGGGGCAGCUGCCCGCUCACCGUGCCCCUGGCCUUCGACCUCGUCUACACCGACUACCACGGCCUGCAGCAGAUGCGGCAGCACAUGGGCCUGUCCUUCAGGAAGUACCGGCCCCCACAAACAGGCGCGUGCACCCCGUCAGGACAGGGGGCCCCCGAGGACCGCAGCGCCGGGGCACCCGCUAGAACGCAGUCUUGCCUGGGGGCCACCAGGCGUCUCCUGGGCGGAGCGCACACCCCGGACAACUCCUUCAUGGGCUUCGUGUCCGAGGAGCUCAACGAGACGGAGCAGCAGCUCGUCAAGGGCGGCAAGGCCGGCAACAUGGCCGUGGUGUACGGCAAGGAGGCCAGCGUCUGGAAGGGGAAGGAGAAGCCCCUGAGCAUCCUGAACAAGUACAUGGAGGUCCACGGCACCGUGUACUACGAGAGCCAGCGGCCGCCCGAGGUCCCGGCCUUUGUGAAGAACCACGGCCUCCUGCCACAGCCCGAGUUUCAGCAGCUGCUGCGCAAGGCCAAGGGUGGCCGGGCCAAGGCAGGUCUGGGAGGCCAGCGCAUCCCUGCUCACGAGUCGCCCGUCUCCCCACAGGUAGACCCCUACCUGCCGUAUGAGUACACCUGCGAGGGCAUGCUGGAGCGAAUCCAUGCCUACAUCCAGCACCAGGACUUCUGUGCAGUGACAGGCUCUGCGCCUCUAGGAGCCCGGGCCCCCCCGAGCCCCUUCGUCCUGGCCCCCAACGCCACCCACCUUGAGUGGUCCCGAAACGCCAGCCUCGCCCCGGGAACCUGGCCCCCCGCGCGCUCCCUCCGGGCCUGGCUGGCCGCCGCGGGCAGCGCCUGCACUGACGCCUGCCUGGAGCGGGGGCUGGUCUGCGAGCCCUCCUUCUUCCCGUUCCUCAACAGCCAGGACGCCUUCCGGAGGCUGCAGGUGCCCUGCGACAGCACCGAGUCGGAGAUGAGCCACCUGUACCCGGCCCUGGCGCAGCCCGGCCGAGAGUGCUACCUGCAGAGGGAGCCGCUGCUCUUCAGCUGCGCCGGCUCCAGCGCCAAGUUCCGCCGGCUGUGUCCCUGCCGCGACUUCCGCAAGGGCCAGGUGGCCUUGUGCCGGGACUGCCUGUGAGGCCAGCCCUGCCGCCAGCACCAGCAGAUCCGGAGCCCAGCGCCCCCCUCGGGCGGCCGGGGCAGAGCCACCCCGCGCAGGCUGGGGGGCA